AUGAGAGCCGUUCAGAUACUGGGAAACACCUCGUCCCCCCGAAUCACGACAAACAGUUCCAUAGCCACUCCCGUCCCCAAGGGAGCCGAAAUCCUGGUUCGAGUCCUUGCCGCUGGAGUCACCGGCGACGAGGUGACGUGGCCCGAAGUGUACGCAUCGCCAUCUCGAAUCCCUGGAAACGAGGUGUCGGGGACCGUUCGAGGUCUGGGCCCCGAGUACACCGGCCGACUCGAGGUCGGUCAGGACGUCGCCGCCCUCCUCGCGGCCGACCGUGCCCAAGGUGGUCAAGCGGAAUACACCAUGUGCCUCGACGAGGAGGUUUCGCGCCUGGAUCCGACCACCAUCUCGCACGUCGAAGCCGCGGCGUUGCCCAUCCCGAUCCUCACGGCCUGGGAGGCACUCGUGGACUACGGAAAACUUGCCGCCGGUAUGACAAUCCUCGUCACUGGAGCGUCCGGCGCCGUCGGAAAAUUGGCGGUACAGUUGGCUCUGAAACUUUUUGAUGGUGACGACAUCAAGGUGAUUGCUCUGGCUUCAUCCAAGAAUCAUGACGCCCUCAAGCAACUCGGAGUACACGAGGUACACGACUACGACAUCAACCCAAACUGGGAAGACAAUAUUGACAAUGUCGACUUGGUCUUUGACACGGUAGGAGGAGAAGUCUUGACAAAGACCUGGAAGACCCUCAAGAGUAAUAAUGGUGGAACUAUCGUCACAGUUGGCGAUCCAGCCCCGGAGUGGGCUUUCAACAAGAAAAUCAAACCCAAAGAGUCCAUAGACCACCCAGGUGUGAACCAUAUACAUUUUAUCGUCAAGCCAGACUCACACAGACUGAGUCAGGCUCUGGAAAUGGUUAGCCAGGGCACAAUCAAACCGUUGGAAGUCGAGUCGUUCCCUUUUGAAGAGGCAGAACAGGCUUGGGAACGUGCGAGACAAAGAGGAAGGAACAAGAAGGUGGUGAUUACGUUUUGA